UAGAUAGUGUUGUACUCUGGCCCAAACCCAUCGGCCUCUCGCGUUUGUUGAAUCUGAAGCCCCUUCUCUUCUUCUUCAUCAGGAGGCACUGGCAGCAAACAAAAAGUUCCUCAGAGCCGUAGCCUUUUCUCAGGCCAGAAAAUCCCUCAGUUUUGGAAGCAGCACCCAAAGAAUGGAAAUAUGUGCUCCUAUUAAACAUCCUGCUCUGUUCUGCACCCGAUGCUCUUUGGCAGAAACAAACUGCAAAACCCUAGAAAACGACGCCUAGAAAUACAGCCAAGGAGUGCUUUGCUAUUUGAUGAUGACAUGGUCAUUAGAGCUUUGAGGGCAGGAUCAAGAAUUCUUCUAUAUGAUGUGGAAAAGAUUAUGGCUCCUAAUUUAUUAAUCUUGAGGGAAAUUGGAAUGACACAAUCCCUUAUCAAUAUGUUAUUGACAUAUCAUAGUUCUUUGAUAUGCCAUAAAGUUGACAAGUUCCGGGAUAAGGUAAAAGAGGUUAUUAAUAUGGGGUUCUGCCCGACCAAAACAAAGUUCGUCCACGCUCUUCAUGCAAUUAUCAGCAUUAGUAAAUCAAAUUGGCAGCACAAGAUUGAGCUUUAUGGAAGAUAUGGUUGGUCUGAAGAUGAGAUGUUGUCAGUUUUCAAGAAACAUCCUCUUUGCAUGUAUGUGGACAAACACAAGGAGCAUAUUCCUUAUUUGCUCGAUGUCUUUGAAGGUAAAGGUAGGAUGUAUUCUGAGGAGCUAGGAUUUCAAUAUGGGCAAUAA